CCUCUUCUUCCUCUUCCAAAAUGUAAAAAUUCAGAACAAUAAUUGCAAAUCUGCAGCACGUCGCCGCCCCUCUUCUUCCUCUCCCCCUCCCUCUUCUUCCUCUUCCUCCCUCUUCUUCUCUUCCAAAUUUUGGCAAAAAUUGCAGCCCUUCCGUCACAGCCCGAAGCUGCAACGCCGUCCCAGGCCGGGACGCUCACCAGGCCGGGAACGCGGCCCCGGGACCGGCCUGGGCCGUGACUCGCCUCCGUGUAACGCAUGGGACGGGCCGGGACUCGCGAUUUGCGGCCCGGCCCUCCGCGUUACAGAUGCUCUCAUGCCCUUACUUUCCUCAUUUAACUUUUACAAGUAUUUUUCCCUAAUCACUCACCACAUUGUGAUUAGAUAGUUUUCCCUCAAAAACAUGAAAAAUCUUGGAAAAAUAUCAUACAUUUACAAAAUUUUCCCUCCAAUUCCAAAUCGCUAGGCCCCAAAAUCAAGCAGUAAAAUAAAACAAACCCCUUUCAAUUCAACCAACCUCACCCCUGCAUUUGGCACAAGCUGACAAUAAUCACACACACACAUUCACACACUGCACAGCACAGAUUCUGCCACAUCAACACCAUGGCUUUCUUUCCCCUAAAUUGACCAAAAAAGGAUUCUUUAUCCCUUCCCUCCCUCCGUCAUCACGCAGAAAAUCCUAGUAAAAAUUGGGCGACAGAUGAGAAACAAGCUCGUGGGGGCACCGAUUGAGAGGCCGCAUCGUCAGAUUUGGACCGGGUCGGGUCAUGUUUGAGACCAACUUAAUCGGGUUCGGGCUCGCCGUCGGCUCCAGCGCCUUUAUUGGCUCGAGCUUCAUCAUCAAGAAGAAGGGCUUGCAGAGGGCCGGAGCCUCCGGCGCUCGCGCUGGUUCGGGAGGAUAUGGAUAUCUGCAAGAACCACUCUGGUGGAUUGGCAUGUUCACUAUGGUUAUUGGAGAAUUUGCCAAUUUUGUAGCUUACAUGUAUGCUCCUGCAGUCCUCAUCACCCCACUCGGAGCAUUGAGUAUAAUAGUAAGUGCUAUUUUAGCUCAUUUCUUACUCAGAGAGAAACUAGGGAAGUUAGGAAUAUUGGGAUGUGUUUUGUGUAUUGUGGGUUCCACAAUUAUAGUGCUUCAUGCGCCGGGUGAACAUGACAUUAGCUCGGUAGAUCAAAUCUGGGAACUAGCAACACAACCAACUUUUCUUCUGUACAUAGCUUCAGCAGUGGCAGUGGUGUUGGUACUUGUCUUGUAUUGUGAAACACGCUAUGGACAAACAAAUAUAAUGGUGUACAUUGGUGUUUGCUCUAUCAUUGGAUCUGUAACCGUUAUGAGCAUCAAGGCUGUAGGUAUAGCGAUAAAACUCACGCUGGAGGGUUAUAGUCAGGUUGCCCACUUGCAGUCAUGGAUAUUUGCCACGGUUUCAGCUUCUUGUAUAAUCACUCAGUUAAUCUAUUUAAACAAGGCUUUGGACACAUUUAACACGGCCGUGGUUUCUCCAAUUUAUUAUGCCAUGUUCACGUCGCUUACAAUCUUUGCUAGUGCCAUCAUGUUUAAGGACUGGGCCGGUGAGGGUGCUAGCGACAUCGUCUCUGUUCUCUGUGGAUUUAUCACCGUGUUUUCUGGUACUAUGGUUUUGCACGGUACUAGAGAGCCCGAAAAGCUUCCAUCUGCAGACUAUUCCGCGCUUCCUCAAAUAUCAUGGGUCGUGCAUUCAAACGGAGAGAUAUGGAAACAGAAAGAAAAUGAUGAAUUGCACGGGGAGUUUGUUGCAAUCAUCCAUCAAGACCAUUUCAAGUGAGGUAAACGCUGUAUUAUUCCCUAGCUUACUGGUGGUUCGUGCAGAUGGCCGUGCUAUUUUUGCUGUGAGCAUGUUCAUGUUGAUUUCCUGUAAGCUCUUUGGUUGAGUGGUGUGUUAGGACUUAGGCGCAGUUUGCAACGGUUUGUAAUGUUUAUAGGAGUGCGUUGUUCGUUUGCCCCGACACACGUACGAUGCCAGAGCCAUUUUUGAGCUCUCCAUAGACGUUGGUAUUCUUUGCUCAUUAGUUACUCAGAGAAGGGCCACAUUUGAUUUGUAAAUGAGUGUUUUUCACUCUUAUUGCUUUCUUCAUUCUGUAUUCUAGUAA